AGCCUACCGCUUCAAUGCUGUAUUACUGAGACAACGUUUUGAAGAAAAUAGAAACAUUACUGACAUGAGGAUUGUUAAACAGCUUCUCGAGAAAGGAGAAGAUGAAUUAUUUAAGAAAACUCAUUAUCAGCCUUUGAAAUUUCCUUACAGUCCUGGAGGAAUAGCUUAUGAAAGAGUAGUUAGGCCCCCUGACUGGGUCUUGGAUUACUGGCAUCCACUUGAGAAAGCUCAGUAUCCUGACUAUUUUGCUAGAAGAGAGCAAAGGAAGAAGGAAUAUAUAGAACUAUGGGAGAAAACUUAUGGAAAGCCAGAGGAAUCACCCUCUCAUUAAAAUAUCUUUUUAUAAAUAGAGGAAGACAGUUAGACAUAGGAAAGAUAAAUGUAGUAUAUUGACUGUUUAAUAACUUUUAUUUCAAAUGAAACUAUGUUUGAAUAAUUUUGGUGAGAAUAAAUUACAAUCCUAGAAAAUACACAGUAACCUGAGAACAAAAUAUCUCUUGUUGAAGUUGUUCAAGAAAGGGUAGAUAUAGUUUUUAUCAACAAUUCCUAAUUAAGAACUGUUUAAGAUAUUUUAUACUACUUUUCAAAUGGUAAAUUUUACUUUCAAUAAGAACAUUCAGUAUUCACAUUGCAUUGUUUUUAAAGAACACAAACAUUAUGCAUUUAGUGAAUAUUUUAGUACAUUAUUAUUGGGGACAAUAUUUGUAAUAAGAAGGCUUUUCAGUAAUUCCCACUUUCAGAAUUAGGUGUAAUAUUUCAAAAACUUAUACCCCAGAUACAUAAUCUAAGAAAAUUGUCACCAGAACUUCUACAAGAUAAAAUGCAGAGGGUUGAUCGUACUUUAAAAGAAAGAUUUGCAUAUGUAUGUUAAUGCAUUAACAUGUAUUUGCAGAUGUAAGAUAUGGUGACAUAUUUAGCACCUGUAUGUCAUUUAAUCAUAAUGAAUUCCAGAUCUUUCAACUGUAGAAUGUCUUCAAGGUAAACUUGUUUUGUAGAGAAAUAUGUCACACACACACACAAAUGAAGCCUAUAAGACAGCAACAGGGUCUCAAACCACAUCACUACCAGUCUGAGCAGUGGUUUCAUCUGUAAAGUGAAGGCUAUGGUUAGGAAAAAGAACCUUUUGAUGAAAAAGGAAAAAACAUUGCAUUGAAGCUGGGCAUAUCUAUUGGUACCAGUUACAAAGGCUUCUUGCUACUCUUGAAAAUCAGUGGUUAUUUUGAUGAGAUAGGUGGCUUAGGAAAGUGUACUCACAGUAACCCUAUUCAACCACAAGCUUUUAUGCUUUUGAUCUGCUUAAAGAUGGUCUUGGAAACUGAAAUCUGUUUACAUGUAUGGUGGAGGAUCUGUAGAAAGUUUCAAGAUGUUGGAAGAUCUGUGAUUGGCCUUCCAUCCUUGGCCAAAACUUGUUACAAUGGAAACUAUGGUGCUGCACAAUAGUGCAUAUUUAUAGCCAUCAGAUUGGUUCUAAAGACAACACCGGACCUGGGUCUUUUUAAGUGUGAUUAACCUUCAGUAUUUAGCCUUGACAUCUCAAAUAUUUUAAAGCAUAUUUUUAGUAACUGUGUUGCUCUUCUUGCUCACUAUGCUAGUAAAGACUUGGUAGAUCUUUUUGAGAAUUAAGGACAAUUAAAUGGAGAAUUUUCCCACAUGUGAUGGUGAAAAUCGAAACUUUGAAAAUGUCAUUGUUUUAAUAAUAAUUGUAUGAUGAAGUGAAGUUUCAUGAUUUGUAACUGUUGCAUCAUGGCCGUGUCUCAAGACCACCAUCAUGCUGUAGUUCAGAGGUUAUCAAGUAUGUUGCAGACUUAACAAAUUAUAUUAAAUCUGUUUUUCAUUACAAAAUAGCAAAUUUCACAGUUAUAGAAGCCUACAGUAUAUAUAUAUACUAAGAAUGUAUUAAGUGGUGGAAUUACUUUAUUUUAUGAGAAUCACGUUAACCUUUUGUGAGUAGAACACAUUCUGACAAACUCGGAUAAUUCCAUUCUAUUCCUGAUGACAUGUGAUUCAGCAAUAGCAGUUAAUAUACUUGAUAAUGAAUAAAAUGAUGACUUCA